GUGACAGCAGCGCGACGACAAACCGGCCGAACCAACUAACCAGCGGUAAAACAAAAUACAGCCAACUGACCUAAACAGUCACCUUUAGCUCAAAACUACUCCGCUCAGACUCGUUUCACGCGCGGGAAGCGACUCGUCUCCCACCAGAAACAGCUUCGGCGCCUCAUUUUGCUCAUUAGACAGAAGAAGAGAGUCAGAAGAUAGACUGAUAGUUGGGAGAAUGGCAGACUCGGCGGCGGCCAACAGCGACGGGGAGGACGGACCCCGCCAGCCCAUGCGGGGCUUCGCGCGCCAGGGCGCCCUCCGCCAGAAGAACGUGCACGAGGUGAAGGACCACAAGUUCAUCGCGCGCUUCUUCAAGCAGCCCACGUUCUGCAGCCACUGCACCGACUUCAUCUGGGGUUUUGGCAAGCAGGGAUUCCAGUGUCAAGUGUGUUGUUUCGUGGUUCACAAGCGUUGCCAUGAGUUUGUCACGUUCUCCUGUCCGGGCGCUGAUAAAGGACCUGCAUCAGAUGACCCGAGGGCAAAGCAUAAGUUUAAGAUCCACACCUACUCCAGUCCGACAUUUUGUGACCACUGUGGCUCUCUGCUGUACGGGCUCAUACACCAGGGCAUGAGAUGUGACCACUGUAUGAUGAACAUCCACAAGCGCUGUGUGGCCAAUGUCCCCAGCCUGUGCGGGACAGACCACACUGAGAGGAGAGGUCGCCUCCAGAUCACUGCUGAGAUCAAGACCAACGUGCUCACCGUUACUAUCAAAGAGGGCAGGAACCUUGUUCCCAUGGAUCCCAACGGUCUGUCAGACCCCUAUGUGAAGCUCAAACUGAUCCCAGACCCUCGCAGCGAGAGCAAGCAGAAGACCAAGACCAUCAAGUGCUGCCUCAACCCCACCUGGAACGAGACCUUUAAAUUCCAUCUGAAGGAGUACGAUAAGGACCGCCGCCUGUCAGUGGAGGUGUGGGACUGGGAUCUGACCAGCCGCAACGACUUCAUGGGAUCGCUGUCGUUCGGCAUCUCCGAGCUCCAGAAACAAGGAGUGGAUGGAUGGUUUAAGCUGCUCUCCCAGGAAGAAGGCGAGUACUUUAAUGUUCCCGUUGCUCCAGAGGGGGAGGAGGGCAAUGAAGAACUACGGCAGAAGUUUGAGAGGGCGAAGAUCGGCCCAACCAAGCACUCAGAUGGCUCAGCGGCCAACGCCGCCCGGUUCGACUCCAAUGGCAACCAAGAUCGCAUGAAGCUCUCCGACUUCAACUUCCUAAUGGUGCUGGGCAAGGGCAGCUUCGGCAAGGUGAUGCUGGCUGAGCGUAAAGGCACAGAAGAGCUGUAUGCCAUAAAGAUCCUGAAGAAGGACGUGGUCAUCCAGGACGACGAUGUGGAGUGCACCAUGGUGGAGAAGAGAGUGUUAGCACUGCAAGGAAAGCCUCCCUUCUUAACGCAGCUGCACUCCUGCUUCCAGACCAUGGACCGGCUAUAUUUUGUCAUGGAGUACAUCAACGGUGGAGAUCUCAUGUAUCAGAUUCAGCAGGUCGGCAAGUUCAAAGAACCCCAUGCUGUGUUCUAUGCAGCGGAGAUAGCCAUUGGUCUUUUCUUCCUGCAUGUAAAGGGCAUCAUUUACAGAGACCUGAAGCUGGACAAUGUGAUGCUGGACUUUGAGGGCCACAUUAAGAUAGCAGACUUUGGCAUGUGUAAAGAAAACAUGCUGGACGGAGUCACCACCAAGACUUUCUGUGGUACACCCGACUACAUCGCUCCUGAGAUCAUUGCCUACCAGCCUUAUGGCAAAUCUGUGGAUUGGUGGGCUUUUGGAGUGCUGCUCUACGAGAUGCUGGCUGGACAGCCUCCAUUUGAUGGUGAGGAUGAAGAUGAGUUGUUCCAGUCCAUCAUGGAGCAACAUGUCUCCUAUCCCAAGUCCAUGUCCAAGGAAGCUGUUGCCAUUUGCAAAGGGCUGAUGACGAAGCAUCCAGCGAAGCGACUGGGCUGCGGUCCGGAGGGAGAGAGAGAUAUCAGGGAGCACAGCUUCUUCCGCUACAUGGACUGGGAGAAACUGGAGAACAAGGAGGUGCAGCCGCCGUUCAAACCCAAAGCUUGCGGCCGGGAUGCGGAGAACUUUGACCGCUUUUUCACGCGCCACCCGCCGGUGCUGACGCCUCCCGAUGAGGAAGUGAUUCAGAAUCUGGACCAAGACGAGUUCCAGGGAUUCUCCUUUCUCAACCCCGAGUUCCCCGGAGCCACUGCUACCACCACUUCCACAGAGCAGGCUUGAUCUCAGCUCACGCUCACACACAUAUAAAUAUAUAUAUGCAGUAUAUAUAGACACAUGUACACACACCCAAGCACACAGACACGCAUGCGCACACACGCAAAAACAGCCACUCCGACUCCCCAGGAAUUCACAGUGCUGUCAGUGCUGCCAUCAGGCACAAUUUAAACAUACACACAGGCAUAUUUAAACACCCCCACAUAUAUGCACACAGGUUUCUUGCUCACACUGGGAGCAACUGGGCUCUGAUUGCAUUUAUAUUGCGAGUUUGUUGAGUUAAGACAUUCUGACAAAGAAAUAUCAGCCCUGUAUUCAACAGAUCAUAUAUUUUUGCUGCAUUGCCUUUCAAAACAUUGCUAAUUAGAAAGUAUGAAUAAAAAGUAAAUCUUUACCAGUGUGCUCCACAAGGAAAUGAAGUAGCCAGCUGAGUAGGAAGAUUUCUGCAGCAGCAGUGGAAUUUUAGUAAACAUUUUAGGGCACAUUUUUAGGGCGCUUUUGUUGAAAUUGGAAGCACAAUCGUUAUAAUUUUCUUGGAUUAUGCUUGUCUGCUUUCCCAGAUGAAAACCUUUAAUAUUUUGCAUCGUAGCAGAACAAGUACAGUACAGGCUUAGAGUUAAAGACCAUACCACUGAUUUUCUAUGUUUUGCAUAAUAUGUACAAAACGUAUAUGUAUAUAAUCCUUUCCCAAAGCAAGCAGUUGUGUUUUUGAACUCCUUUAAGAUAUGAAAAUUAACUUUCAGACACUUCAAACUUUCUUCACACCAGUAUUCCAUCACCGUAAUAAAGUGGUCCACAUUGGUUUUCUUAAAGCAGCAGCACUGUUGUGUUUUGAUGAUGUUUUGACAUUUCUCACCAGUUAGUCCCAGUAGGAGAAAGAGGGGAAACAUUUGCUUUAUACAGAGAAUUAUCAGCUCUUUUGUUCAUGAAUGUUGACAGUUUUGUUAGCCACAGAAUGAGGACAUUAUUGUGGAUUUUCAUUAUAUCUUGUGAAAUCUGUAG